AUGACUGCGGCCACGCGCGUCAAAUCCAGGAAACGGGAUGAUGGCAACGAGAGCACCACCCAGAUAGCUGACAGCACUAAUGGCUCCGCGACGGAUUUUGCAAAGGAGCACAUCACCGGUGGCUGGCGACCAGGCAUGGACCCCCGAGUCGAUUACUCAGGUCACUUCGAGUUUGGCGGCUCCCUGGGAUGCUUAGGCUUGAUGACGGGGUUCCCCCUCUUGAUGUGGUACAUGUGGAUCGGCGCCACUUACUACGAUGGAAAGCUGCCUCUGCCUGAGGAAGGCCAGUCAUGGCUUGAUUUCGGCAAGCACUUGGGCCAUUUGCUCUACACGGGCGCAUUCCCUCACUUCCGGGCGUGGCGCAUUUACUGGACCUAUUACCUCUUCGAGGCUGCGUGCUACUUGAAAUACCACUGCUCCGCCUAUGCCAGUUUCUACCUCACCAUUUCGGUGAUGGCCGUUCUUCAUGGCACUGGGUGGUUCCCGAUCUACACCUUCCUGGACGAAUUUGGACCGUUGAUGUCCGUGGCGAUCAUUUCGGGCUUCCUUGCUAGCUUCGUGACCUAUGCCUCGGCUUUUGCUCGUGGAGCCCAGCACCGGAUCACUGGAUAUCCUAUCUAUGACUUUUUCAUGGGCGCGGAGUUGAAUCCCCGCCUCUUCGGUAUCCUCGACUUCAAGAUGUUCUAUGAGGUCCGGAUCCCCUGGUUCAUGAUGUUUGGGCUGAGCUGUGCCGCAGCAACUCGCCAGUAUGAGCGGUACGGCUAUGUCUCCGGGGAAGUUUUGUUCCUGGUUAUGGCCCACUAUAUGUACGCCAAUGCGUGCUCCAAGGCCGAGCAUCUGAUUACCACCACCUGGGACAUGUACCAAGAGAAGCUCGGUUUCAUGCUGACUUUCUGGAACAUGGCCGGUGUUCCCAUGUCAUACUGCCACUGUACCCUGUACCUGGCAAACCACGACCCAUCCGUAUACGCCUGGAAUAAGUAUGCACUCACCGCACUGUUUACCUCCUACCUUUUUGUCUACUGGGUCUGGGACUCUGCCAAUAGCCAGAAAAAUGUCUUCCGGAUGAUGGAGCGCGGCACAUGGGUGAAGCGCCAUACCUUCCCGCAACUGCCCUGGCAAGAACUCCACAACCCGAAGACUAUCGUGAGUGAGAAUGGAGAUACUAUCUUGGCAGAUGGAUGGUACGGGCUGGCGCGCAAAGUACAUUACUCUUGUGAUAUGUUCUUCGCUAUCUCCUGGGGCCUGAUUACGGGCUUCAAUAGCCCCUUCCCUUGGUUCUACCCGCUGUUCUUCACAGUCAUGAUUGCUCACCGAGCCAUGCGGGACAUCCACAAAUGCCGAACCAAGUACGGAGAGGCGUGGAAACAGUACGAGAAGCAGGUUCCGUAUCUUUUUAUUCCGUACGUGGUAUGA